AUGGAGAACAACAAAGAGGUACAAAACAUACUUGAUGAUCCGAAACAACAUCCUAUAGAAGCUCCUCCCCAUCAAGGGUAUCCUCAUGAGGACAGUUUCGCUCCGGCUGAUAACCCACUACAACCACCGAAGUUACAACAGCUACCAGCUGGUGGAUCGGUGAACGGAGGAGAAGAAGAAAAGAGGAACGCAAGCACAGAGAUGGGCAAAGCUUCCGGCGGGAAGUUCGAAGAAUGGUCUUGGGCUCUCACCGGCUUAUGUAUGGCUGCCAUCAUGGUGGUGACCUGUUGUUGUUGUUGUGGAAAGGCUUGUUGA